AUCCCUUGCUGGUCCCGCUGGAUCGUCGGCGUCCGCUGUUCUUGCGAAUACGGCAUCGGCGAUGGAACUGCUGCCUUCCUCCACUGCAACCUCAGCGUCAACGGCGUCGGUCAGCUCGUUGGACGGCAGUCGGGGUGAAGCCACCAAAAGCGCCAGCACCAGCAGCGUAGGUAGCACCACCCUGACUGUCUCCAGCUGCUCCAGCACCUCCGGCUCGGUCGUCCUGAACGAGUCUGGGAUGGUGGUCGAACAAACGCCCGAAGGUGAGUGGUCUUACGAUCCAAACGAACCUCGUUACUGCAUAUGCAAUCAAGUUUCCUACGGCAACAUGGUGGCCUGUGACAACGAAGUCUGCCCAUUCGAGUGGUUCCACUAUCCGUGCGUUAAUAUAACGUCCUCCCCGAAGGGCAAGUGGUACUGCCCGCAAUGUAGCAGCUCGAUGAAAAGACGGGCCUCCCGCAAGAACUAACGCUGACCGGCAGCGAGGAUUCGUUAGAGAUUUUAAUUUUCCUUAUCCUAUCCAUACAGUCAACUCCGCUUAGAUCCAUUUUUCAACCAUAUUCGAGUGAUGUCAGGUUGAGUGCUUGUGAUUGGAAAGAUGCUUUUAGGAGCAAUCGAGUGGAAACCUUCGGACAUCGUUUCCAUGGCCAAUUCAAUACGUUCAUGUUAAACCGGGUUCUCUUUCUUUUGACCUAUGAUACAACAUUUUCCACCUUAAAAUUCCAAGAUUGCAGCAAUAAACUAACUCGUGUUGCAAUCUUGGAAUGAUUAGGUGGAGAAUACUGUAACAAGUCAGUUCCCACUUAAUGCACUUGUUUAAUCACAGGCUUUAGAAAAAGAUGUAAACAUGGACGAAUUGAAUUGGUCAUGUACACGGUGUAAUCCGUUUUACGGUUCUGGUGCUUUUCCAUAGAACUUACAGCAAGUUCCUUCCCAAGCCGGGUUUUAGUUGCCUAAGCUCUGCAUGACACGCCGUGAAUAGUCGUAUGCUUUUACCAAGCAAUAGCCACUCUCUGUAAUUCGGCACAAGUGGUAAGUGUUGUGCAUUACAGAGGUGCGCAGUUGCUUGUUAAACACCUACGUCUUGUGAUGAGCGUUUUGCGACCUCUUUGGCACCUAAACCUAUGGGAGAUCUUGUGCAAAUUUAAUGUGCUAAUUCUCUUUAUGAAUUUCCCAUAACAUAAUGCAAUAAUUUGAAACUAAGUGUAUAUAUAACCAAGAACCGAGACGGGAAGAGAUUUUGUUCCAUCUCCUUCCAAAACGGCUAUGCUUAGAUUCCACUUUUUUUAAUGUGAUAAUAUCUGUUUGCCUUGGCGAGCACCUAAUUGUAUAUAUGAAUGUUUAUGUUCCAAUGUAUUUGCUAGUGUUUUUUUAAGCAAAGCAACAGGAGUGACUUGUUAAAAGGUACACCUCCUGCGUGGUCGAGGGCGUUGACUGUAUUUUCUUUUUCGUUCUUAUACAUCGAG